AUGGCGAUGGCGAAGGUUACGUCAGGAAAAGGCAAAUGUCAACCUUUGAAGAGAUUAUGGAACGAGCAGUUAGAAAGACAUCGAAACAUGAACAUUGAAGAUCAACAUCACCAAUUCGCACAUCCCGAAAAUGGCAAACGAAAAAAGAUCCGUUCCUCCAGCGCUCAGAGAGGAUUCGUUAAUUGUGGACGAAAUUAUCAGGUUCACCUUCUAACUUUCAGCGAAGCCACACAUGCUGUCGACUACAACCCGAUCGAUCAUGAUCGGCGAGAUGAAAUGAUUUCCGGCUGGAGUUCCGACGACGAUGACUACUCUACAGUAGAUCUCAGCCAAAUACGAAAAGAUAACGAUCAUGGCACAACAAUUGUACCAGUGCGUAGACGUGCGUUUCAAGAUGCCCAUUAUGAGCCAAGCUUGGACGUCGUGGACCACGCCUAG